AUGGGUCCUCCAGGAGGGCGGCCAGGGCCGCAAGAACACGCCUCUGAUGCGCUAAGCCGCCCGGCCCGUGGGAGCUCGGUUCGGCCACGCCGGGACCUGAGCCCAGAGGGGACGGCGGGGCCACACGUGGAGCAGGAGUGGCCGCAGAGGCUGGGCCGCAGCGCAGCGCUGACCCCGCACAACCCGGCGGAGCAGACGGGCCCCUCCGCGGGCGCCGCCACACGCGUAGAGGGGAGCCCACCCGAGCCCACGCGCUCCUCCGUGGCCAGGCCUCCCGCAGAAGAACUCAGGCUCUCAGACUGGUUUCAUCCUGGGAAACGCCCUGAUGUUGUAGCAAUCACGGACUGGCUGGCCCCAGUCAUAUGGGAAGGCACCUUCAAUAGACGGGUCCUGGGGAGAUACUACGGGAGACAGAACCUCACCAUAGGCUUGGCUGUCCUUGCUACUGGCAGGACUGCGGACCGGUACCUGGAGCUGUUCAUGCGAUCAGCAAACAAGCACUUCAUGAGCGGCUACAGAGUUGUCUUUUACAUCAUGGUGGACGAUCCUCUCCGAACUUUCAAGGUCCUCCCCAUCAAAGGAGACCGGUGGGGUGACUUUCACCUCACACGCAUGAGUUCCCUGGCUGAGCACAUACUAGGGCACAUUGAGGACGAAGUCGACUUUCUGUUCAGCAUGACCGUCAACAGGGUCUUCCAGAACGACUUUGGGGUGGAGACCCUGGGCGCGUCCGUGGCUCAGCUCCAUGCCUGGUGGUAUUUUAAAAACAAGGACAUCCCUUACGAGAGGAGGCCCAAAUCGGCAGCGUGCAUCCCGUUUGGGCAGGGGGACUUCUACUAUGACGGCUCGGUCAUCGGUGGCAGGCCCCUGGAGGUCUUAACCCUCAUUGAAGGUUACCUGCAAGGGGUCGCUCAGGACCACAAGGAUGGGCUGAACAGCACCUACGAGAGGCACCUGAACAAGUAUUUUUUCACGCACAAGCCCACCAAGCUGCUGUCUCCCGAAUACAGCUGGACCGCGGCACUCCGGCCCCCCGCGCAGGUCUGGUCGGUCAAGGCCACGCGGCUCUCCCGCCGGUACUUCUGA